AUGUCAGUUUCCAGUUUCCUAGGAAGUCGUGGUCGUGUGUUGUGUUACAAAAUUUUAGCCAUAAAUUCUUCGUUUAGGAGUUUGUAUACCCACAAAAUGGCAGAAAAGCCUCUGGACUACACAAAUACCAACGGAGCUGUGAGUAAAACUCCGUUCCUGAUCGGAGUCGCUGGAGGGACAGCUAGCGGAAAGUCAACAGUAUGUCAACGGAUUAUGGAGAAGCUGGGCCAACAGCAGAAGGAGCAAACGGAAAGGCGCGUGGUGUGCAUCAGCCAGGACUCUUUCUAUCGCACACUCACGCCGGCGGAGAAGCUGCGCGCUGAGCGCGGACAGUUCAACUUCGACCACCCUGACGCUUUCGACGACAGGCGGCUACUGGCUGUGCUGAAAGACAUCCUGGCCGGCAAAAAGGUUGAGGUGCCGGAGUACGACUACAUCAAUAACACGAUCAACCCGCACCGGUCGCACACCAUCUACCCCGCGGACGUGGUGCUGAUCGAGGGCAUCCUGGUGUUCUACUUCCCGGAUGUGCGCGAGUUGUUCCACAUGAAGCUGUUCGUCGACACCGACUCAGACACCAGGCUCGCCAGGCGAGUGCCCCGCGACAUAAUGGAGCGAGGCAGAGAUCUGGAGCAGGUGCUCAACCAGUACAUGAACUUCGUAAAGCCUGCAUUCGAGGAGUUCUGUUUGCCUACAAAGAAAUUUGCCGACGUCAUCAUUCCACGGGGCGCCGAUAAUUUUGUGGCUAUCGACUUGAUCGUCCACCACAUUUGGGACAUAAUGUAUAAGAAGAAGCCGUUGGCGUGUAGGGCGGUGAAUGGCGCGUGUAACGGAACGCACCACGAGGUGGACGAGGGCGGGAGACGCAUGUCCGGUUCCUCUGAAGAUACACUCAGUCGAUAG